AUGAUAUCCGCAAGAAGCCUCGCCAGCCUUGCGUUGGCUAUCCCUGCGCUAGCGAUACCGCCGCCAGACUUUGGCUUCCCAGAAGCGCCAAACGACACGGCGCUCGCGGUCCGAUUCCAGAACCCAAAUGUUCUCGUCCAAGAAGCAGCGCUCUAUGGCAUUGGCAUCACACAGAAUGCCCCAUCCCUAAGCGUCAACACAAGCGACUACCAGUCCCUCGCCGACUACAAUGGGAACUAUACUGUUCUGAUGGUGGACCCAGAUGCUUCCUACCCACAGAAUCCCAACCGACGUUUUAUCCUUCACUGGAUGCAGGCGAACUUAGCGCAGUCCAGUAACGCUACCAGCAACGCUACCCUUGGAGGCCGUGCACUGCAGAAUUCGACUGCACCGGUCGUUCCGUACAUGCGGCCAUCCCCACCUACCAACUCGAGUGCCCACCGGUACAUUAUUUACGCAUUCCAGCAGCCAUCGAACUUCUCGGUGCCUCCGCAGUGGUCUGGGCUAUCAGGGAUGAACAGGACAAAUUUCAACCUGACCAACUUCAUCUCUGAUGCCAGACUCGGCACACCGGCAGCGGCGAACUACUUCUACGUCUCGAAUCAGACUUCCGUGCCCGCGAACUUCACAGCUGCACCUGGAGGGAGUUACCCAGGCGGUAACGGAGACGCUGUAACGUCUGGCGAUCCUUACAGUCAGUCUACAACAUCAACCUCCAGUUCUACGAGCAGUGCAGCUGCUGCAGCGAUGAUCACAGGGGCUGGGAGUCUCUUGGGUGCAGGCAUCGUUGGUAUGGCGGCCUUUUUGUAG